CAUCAAUCACACUAGCAAUCUACGAAGACAGCUUCCACUCAUCCCAUUUAGUAACGUCGUUCGACGGCAACAGCAUCGAUCUCAUUUUACCGCCAAGACGCUCCGACAGUUUUCGCCGAAAUGAAGACCCUUCUGUUUCUCGUUUCCUUAACACUCGUUUCUGCGGCCGAUGUUCCCGUGGAAGACUUUAGAACGUUCCCUGGAGCCCUUUUUCUGCCAACAGUCCUCCUACCAUACGCCGCGGCCGUUACAGCUGUGGUCAUACCAUUGGCGAAGACCUUCCUUGUCCACGCCCUCAAAGUGCUUAAUCUUCCGUUCGAAGUACUCGUUGUACUUUACUUGGUCUUUUACGCGAUGGUCUUCGCAUUUCCCGGGAUUGCUUCUCUGCUGACUGUCACCGGAACCCUGUCUGCUAGGUCCUUAGAAGACAGUUCUUCUUUCGGGGCCGCGGGCAUGUCAGCCUGGUUACAGAGUAUUCUGCCUUCCUGGACCUCGGAGUUGAGCGCUACUACCCUGGAAACUUCGACGACGACUACGCCGUUGUGGUCCUCGUUGGACACUCGAACGACGAGCACAACGCUUCCCACGUUCACGAGUUCGACCACUGCGCCAGCGUCCCGUUCGUCCAGUGCUGAAGAAGUCCGAACACCGAGCCCGGUGUGCUCUUCGUACCGGGUUUGCGUGUCUGUGGCCAAGCUCGUCAAGGACUAUCCCGUCAGCGUGAUGCUGAUGACUUACUUGGGCGACUACCUCCAAGGUCUUCAGUACGAACGUCCAGUUCGGGAAGGCAUGGCCGGCAUGGACUGCAGUCUCGCCUACCCUGGCUGCAGAGAGUAGCCUGAAUCGCUCAUAGACUGUUACUUUUCACGGAUAAAUGUAAACGUAUUUUACACAGUGCACCCGGUGAGACUCAUUUCGGUGAUCGUCAUGAAUGACACAGCGUGUUCCCAUAUCAUUAUGUACGCCAAGAAUAAAACCUGUUCAUGACCCAC